GGCAUGAACUCUGCCAGACCUCAGGUCAGCAUGGGGACCAGCUGCUUGAGCUCCAUGCUUUUAGAGCUCUUCCAGCUUUUCUCCUGGACUCUUUUUCCCACAGGGUUUUCCAUGUUUAGCUCCUGUAACCAGACUGCAGACUCCAUCAUCUGCUUCUAUGCUUCAUCCAAAGACCAGCCUAGAGGGGCUGGCAGCGUGGCACAGCGGGUCAAGACGACACGGGAGCACAGGCUGGAGUUCCUGUCUCGUGUUGCAGCUCCCUGCAUAUAAUGCACCUGGGAAGGCAGCAAAUGAUGUCCAUCCUGUAGCCAGGGUUUUUAAACCAGCCGUGCGGGCGGUUCCUCCGUCAGACGGACUCCCGGAGCGACGCCGUCACCACCCAACGGCCCCGGGAGCGCGGGUGACGUCACACGCAGGGUCCCGCCACCGGACGCAUAAAUAAGACGUGAGUCAGGGCCGCGCCUGCCUCGAGGCCUGACGGGAUUGUGGCGGUCCUGUCUUCCAAGUCGGAAGCCACGGCUGCCUUUGGACGCGCUCAAGAUGGCGACGUCGCUGGGUUCCAACACCUACAACAGGCAGAACUGGGAGGAUGCGGACUUCCCUAUUCUGUGCCAGACGUGUCUGGGAGAAAAUCCGUAUAUCCGAAUGACCAAAGAAAAGUAUGGGAAGGAAUGCAAAAUCUGUGCCAGGCCCUUCACAGUGUUUCGCUGGUGCCCUGGGGUCCGCAUGCGUUUCAAGAAGACUGAGGUGUGCCAGACCUGCAGUAAGCUGAAGAAUGUCUGUCAGACCUGCCUCCUAGACCUUGAGUAUGGCCUGCCCAUCCAGGUUCGUGAUGCAGGACUGUCUUUUAAAGAUGACAUGCCAAAGUCUGAUGUCAACAAAGAAUACUACACGCAGAAUAUGGAGAGAGAAAUUUCUAACUCUGAUGGGACACGACCUGUUGGCAUGCUGGGGAAAGCCACCUCCACCAGUGACAUGCUGCUCAAGCUGGCCCGGACCACCCCUUAUUACAAAAGGAAUCGACCCCACAUCUGUUCCUUCUGGGUGAAAGGAGAAUGUAAAAGAGGAGAGGAAUGUCCCUACAGGCAUGAGAAACCUACAGAUCCAGAUGAUCCCCUUGCUGAUCAAAAUAUUAAAGACCGAUAUUACGGAAUCAAUGAUCCUGUAGCAGAUAAGCUCCUCAAGCGAGCUUCAACCAUGCCCCGCCUGGAUCCCCCGGAGGACAAGACCAUCACCACCCUCUAUGUGGGUGGUCUAGGUGAUACCAUUACUGAGACAGAUCUAAGAAAUCACUUCUACCAGUUCGGAGAGAUCCGGACCAUCACUGUUGUGCAGAGACAGCAGUGUGCCUUCAUCCAGUUCGCUACACGGCAAGCUGCAGAAGUGGCUGCGGAGAAGUCCUUUAAUAAACUGAUUGUCAAUGGUCGCAGGCUCAAUGUCAAGUGGGGAAGAUCGCAAGCAGCAAGAGGAAAAGAAAAGGAGAAAGAUGGAACCACAGAGUCUGGGAUCAAGCUGGAACCUGUACCAGGACUGCCUGGAGCUCUUCCUCCUCCUCCUGCAGCAGAAGAGGAAGCCUCUGCCAAUUACUUCAACCUGCCCCCAAGUGGUCCUCCAGCUGUGGUAAACAUUGCGCUGCCACCACCGCCUGGCAUCGCCCCACCACCACCCCCAGGUUUUGGACCACACAUGUUCCACCCAAUGGGACCGCCCCCUCCUUUCAUGAGGGCCCCAGGACCAAUCCACUAUCCUUCCCAGGACCCCCAAAGGAUGGGUGCUCAUGCCGGCAAACACAGCAGCCCCUAGCACAUUCUCAACACUGUGGAAAGGGCGCUUACAAAUCCCAGUAAAUGAAUCUUGGAAUAAAUAUAUUUUCCUUCCUUAAGUAGUUUCCAUGGUAGCUGAAUGUGUUCAGAUGUGGGCAAUUGGAAAAUGGCAGCCAUGCUUUCCUACGCAUAUUCAGAGGCUCAGUGGACUUGAAAUACUGAAAUAAGCUGCCAUGAGCACAUCUGGUUACUAUUAUAACAUUACUAAAACAACCUAAUGUCUGCUGCCCUGGCCUGCACAGGGGAUGAGCGCAUAGGUAAAUUGGAAUGUUUGACAGAGUUACUACUCUAAUAAUAGGUUUGUUUUGUAUUUCAGGGGUGGGGGAGGGGUUGGACUGGUAGUAAGGAAACCUUUUGACCAUUUUUUAUGUCCUUUGGAUAUUUUCCUUUUCAUCAUCUAAAAAGAAAGAUGACCAGUACUAAUCACUGUAGUGUCAUGAGUGUGACUGAACUCUGAAGUCGCACCCUCAGAAAGUCGAGUGGAAGCCAGUACCCAGCACAGCACAGAGCCUUUCUUUCCUCUCCUUUGGAAACUUCAUUUAUUGCUAAAGGAAUUUGAUGGAUAAUUUUAUUUACCUAUGCCAGUGAAAAAAAGACAAAAGCAAAAAUUACUUUUUAUUCCUAUCAAUCAGAUGGAAACAGAUUUCACGAAGCUGUAUGUUAUUGAAGAAACCUGGUGUCUGGGACAAAACUAUUUUACAGAACUUCCUGUAAAACACUUUGUUUCCUCAAAUUGGAGGGCCUGGGACUGUUUCUAAAAGGAAGACUUGGCGGCCUACAGCUGGAACUGCCCCUCCACAUUGACCUGCGUGUGUCUUCAGCGUCGUGUGGUGGUCCCCUCCUCAGGGCAGGGGACUAUUUGCUCUUAGAAUGUCUGGAUAGAUCUGAACUGUAAACGGUAAGGGAAAUAUGGUGUUAUUUUGUGUGGGGGGUUGUUUCUAAAUAAUUAAAACGGGUCACUUUUCCAAA